CCGCCUCCCAUGUAUAUUCCGGACAAUAAUCGUAGGUAUUUGCUAGGGCUGGGAUUUACCUGAGACCUGGCACAUGAAGGCUUUUUUUAGCAUUGUUCGGGGCACACAGCAAAUUCCCUGCUCUCACUGUUGGAUGGAGGGGAGGAGUCAUUUGCUAGGGACCACCCCGGCGAUGAGAAGCAAACCUGGGACGGAGCCCAGGGGCGCCUCUCUGCCCGGCUCUGAGCGCUCCGGCAGCGCAGCCCCUCAGCCAGCGCAGCCCCUCAGCCCGCGCGCCACACGCUGCGGUUCCAUAAACAAGCUGCUUCCGCCGCCGGCGGCUCGGCUAAUGCCUGUCGUCUCUGGGGUGGCUAGGACACUCCAAUCUUUACCGGCGCUGAGAACCUGGCCACGGAGGGUGCCCCCCGGGGUCUGCUGAGAUCCGGAGAAGCUGGAGCAGCCGGGCUCCCAGCAGCGGCGGCGGCGGCGGCGGGCUGGGUGCAGAAGGCCGGGGGCGACCUCAGGGCAGCCGGGCGUUCCGCGGCGCGCUGCAGCGCUCGGGGGCGCGGCGGAUGGCCGCCUGCACCUGGCCCGGGAGAGGCGGGGAGGACGCGCCCCAGCGGCAGUGCAGGGCCCGCCCCGGCCCCGCCCUCCAGGACUUCCCGUCGGGAAACCCGCGACCUGCACGGCCGCGCGGCUGUGGCUCUUCCUGGGCGCGACAGGAUUUGGUUAGUACCUUGAGGAACUGCAGGCACCAGAGAGAAAGCCUUAGACAGCCAGGUUGGAUCGAGAGAGCAGAUGCCUGGGAAGCGCUCAACUUAACCCCAAGUCUCUCUCCAGGAGAGAAAAAAAGGAACAAAGGGAAACCACACUGCAAGGGACUACAAGGCAAUGCCAGGAUGAGGGAGUUGGAGUGACCUGGGUGAUUCUGUGUGAGUCAGUCAGGGAGGCCUUCCUGGAAGAGUCUAUGUGCUGCAGAACCGAGCACUGGAUGUAUCUUUCUGCAACGUGAUUUUUUUCACUCAACAUUGCAUCCAAGUUGUGGCAUGUAGAAGUGGCUCAUUCUUUGUCACUGCUGUGCAGUCCUCUGUGCCGUGGAUGUUUCACGCUAUUUAUUCAUUAUAAUGCUGACAGACAUUUGGAUUGUUUCUGAUUUUUGCCUUUUUCGUCAGUGCUGCUAGAAACGUUCUUGUGCAUGCCUCCUGGCAUACGUGUGCCAGAGUUUAUCUGGGAUAUAAAACCAGGAGAGGAAUUGUGGGGUCAUAGGGCCGAGGCCCCAGGGUGUGGCCACCACAACCCAUCAGGCUAUCUACAGGGCCGGGCCAGCGCUUGGAGCUGACCCAGCCGGGGUUUCCACUGGUUCCAGAGGAUGAGGCUGCUCCGCAGACGCCACAUGGCCGUGCGCCUGGCCAUGGUGGGCAGCGCCUUCGUGCUCUUCCUCUUCAUCCUGCAGAGGGAUGUAAGCGGCAGGGAGCAGGCCACAGAGAAACCAUGGCUGAAAUCCUUGGUGAGCCGGAAGGAUCAUGUCCUGGACCUCAUGCUGGGGGCCGUGCACAACCUUAGGGAUUCGAUGCCCAGGUUCCAGAUCAGGGCUCCGGAGCCCCAGCAGACACUGGCCUCCACAAACCGGACCUGCCUCCCCGAGUUCUAUGCCCCAGCUGAGCUGAAGCCCCUCUGGGAACGGCCACCACAGGACCCCAAUGGCCCUGGGGCAGAUGGGAAAGCAUUUCAGAAGAAACAGUGGACGCCCCAGGAGACCCAGGAAAAGAAAGAGGGCUAUAAGAAGCACUGCUUCAAUGCCUUCGCCAGCGACCGCAUCUCCCUGCAGAGGGCCCUGGGCCCGGACACCCGACCCCCUGAAUGUGUCAACCAGAAGUUCCGGCGCUGCCCCCCACUGCCUGCCACCAGCGUCAUCAUUGUGUUCCACAACGAGGCCUGGUCCACGCUGCUGCGGACGGUGUACAGUGUCCUGCACACCACCCCAGCCGUCCUGCUGAAGGAGAUCAUUCUGGUGGAUGACGCCAGCACAGAAGAGUACUUGAAGGAGCAGCUGGAACAGUACGUGAAGCAGCUGCAGGUGGUGAAGGUGGUGCGGCAGGAGGAACGGAAGGGGCUGAUCACCGCCCGGCUGCUGGGAGCCAGCGUGGCCCAGGCGGAGGUGCUCACCUUCCUGGAUGCCCACUGUGAGUGCUUCCAUGGCUGGCUGGAGCCCCUCCUGGCUCGCAUCGCCGAGGACGAGACGGCGGUGGUGAGCCCCAACAUUGUCACUAUCGACCUGAACACUUUUGAGUUCUCCAAGCCUGUCCAGAGGGGCCGAGUCCAGAGUCGUGGCAACUUUGACUGGAGCUUGACUUUCGGCUGGGAGACCAUACCUUCACAUGAGAAGCAGAGGCGCAAGGAUGAGACCUACCCCAUCAAAUCCCCGACGUUUGCUGGUGGCCUCUUCUCCAUCUCCAAGUCCUACUUUGAGCACAUCGGUACCUAUGAUAAUCAGAUGGAGAUCUGGGGAGGGGAGAACGUGGAAAUGUCCUUCCGGGUGUGGCAGUGCGGGGGCCAACUGGAGAUCAUCCCCUGCUCUGUGGUCGGCCACGUGUUCCGUACCAAGAGCCCUCACACCUUCCCCAAGGGCAUCAGUGUCAUUGCUCGCAACCAAGUGCGCCUGGCUGAGGUCUGGAUGGAUAGCUACAAGGAGAUUUUCUACAGGAGGAAUCUGCAGGCAGCAAAGAUGGCCCAAGAGAAAUCCUUCGGAGACAUUUCGGAGCGACUGCAGCUGAGGGAACGACUGAACUGUCGCAACUUUUCCUGGUUCCUGCACAACGUCUACCCAGAGAUGUUUGUUCCUGACCUGAAGCCCAUCUUCUACGGAGCUCUCAAGAACCUCGGCAUGGAUCACUGCCUGGAUGUGGGAGAGAAUAACAAUGGAGGAAAACCCCUCAUCAUGUACACCUGCCAUGGCCUUGGCGGCAACCAGUACUUUGAAUACACGACCCAGAGGGACCUUCGCCACAACAUUGCGAAGCAGCUGUGUCUCUAUGCUGGUGCUGACACUCUGGGCCUUAGGGGCUGCCACUUCACGGGCAAGAAUAGCCAGGUGCCCGAGGAUGAGGAAUGGAAAUUCACCCAGGAUCAACUCAUCAGGAACUCAGGAUCUGGUACCUGCCUGACAUCCAAGGACGAAAAGCCAGCCAUGGCCACCUGCAAUCCCAGUGAUCCCUACCAGCACUGGCUCUUCAUCUAGGCCCUGGAUCACCCCCCUGUGGGAGAUCCCACAAGCCUCUUAGGAAACAGGAUUUGGGGGAACCUGAUGUUUGAGAACCUGAUCAUCAGUUCCCUGUCGGCCUUAGAGAUGGAUUUCAAACUCGAUGCAAAUCAAGGCAGGACCUUCCUACUCCUUGCAACAACAUUGGGCCCAUUUUCUUUCCUCCACGUUGGUGGAAGAGACCGUUAGAACACAUAAUACGUUACCUAGAGCUCUCCUUCUGCCCUAGAAACAGACUUGCAAAGCAGAGGAGGCAGCUGGGCUAGAGCCCAGGGCAGCAAUGCUGAUUUCAAGAAAAGUACCUCUGCGGCCACGUCCUGAAUCCCUGAUCAUCUAGAACACCCACAGAAUCCAGUGAAACAGUAUAUUCUACCAGAGGAAUUAGAGGUCUAAGAGUCUCCCUUGCUAACAUUACCUGAAGCUUCUUGACAGGAAUCCUUUAUCUUAUUUCAUCUGCACGAUAGUCCCGUGAAAAAGACAGGAACCACCGUGCCCAUUUUAUAGACAAGAACGCUGAGGCAGAGAGAAAUAAAGGAGCUGGUCUGUAUCCUGAACCUGGGCUCCUCCCACCACACCACAAGAACACUAGGCAACUAGCCAUCAGGUCCCCACUCUCUCUUCCCUCCAGUCUGAUCAUUUCUGGCUGGCUGGUCUCCAUAAAGCCUAGAGCAGUGCAGCCAGGUAGCUGUGAGGGAGACCAUAUUUAGGAAUCCUGAGAUGUUCGUUUUGAAAGAAAACUUGUGGAGCCAGUGAUUCUCAGGUUUAAGUCCCAGAACCUUUUUUCAGUGCUCCAUGUAUAAUGUAGUUCAGAAGCAAAAUAGCCACGGAUGAAAAUGAGGGUGGGUGAGGGCAUUGCCCACCAGCCCCUGAACUUUUCUAAAAGUCUGCAAGCACAAUUUGAAAUCAUCGUUUUAGUCCAGCCCUAUCAUUUUCAUAUUAUGAAACCAAGGCCAGAUAAGUGAAGUUAUUUGCCCCAGGCCACACAACCACGUAUCGGCAGCCCUGAGGCUAGGACCCAGAUAAGGCUAACAAGAGCCCUGGGAAGUCUGAAGAAGCCGGGACAGCAGGUAGUGUGGAGCACGACUGCGCGACGCCUCGUCUGCGGUUCUCGCGUGAACUCCCCGCACAGAGCAGACCUGCCGUGCGUGUCAGCUCUUCCCCAAGCAAGUUGGACCCCACCACGCAUGGCUGCUUUGCCUGAAGUAGAGAGCCCAGCUGCCCAGAGGACUCAUUCCUUCUUGGAGGGCUUCCUACUUGAGUAGCAGGCUGUCUUCUUGGACAGCACCACAUGAGGGUGCCGUGGGACCACGGCUGCCUCUGCUUCCCACGCAACUCCCCGCCGCAGGAAGUCUCCUAGGUCCUAUGGGGUAGCCCAGCCAAAGGGAGAGGAGAGAGUGGCCAGGACGUGUCCUGGAGUGGGGAAAGGGAAAAGUUCUUUGCCAGAAGGAGAAGAGAAUUGCACAUGAGAUCCCACUGGAAAUAAAGGUUUUAUGGCAUUGGUAAA